UUUAAGUUAAUAGUAAUAUUUGAUAUUAGAGACAAAAUUAAUCCUUGAUCCAAGGCGGAUUCGCCCAACUCGUUACACCAUACUCUUUUUAUGGUUUCACUGGAACCACAAUUGUUAAUUUCAAUUCCACCUCGCCUCUCUAUCUUCUUGUUCGAUUUCCCCCUAUUUUCAGUUCCCAAACAGUCCCUUAACAACAACUACAGUAUUAUAUAGCUUGAUCCCAAUACCCAAAUUUAGCCCAGUCGUUAAAAAAAAAAAAAAGCAACGAUCUUUUGAAACCCUUCCAUUUCCCUCCAAAAGCUUCAAUUCUCUUCUCUUCUCUGCUACAGAAGAAAGAAACCCUCGAACAUAUUCCACAUCUACAUCUUCCCAAGAUGUUCAAAGCAGUCUCUAAGUCCUCUCUAUUUCUCUCUCUCUAGAUAUAUAUAUCUGUGUGUGUACACACACACAGACACCUUUUCGUCUGUUUCUUUUUCCUUCAAGAAAUCAAAAGCUUCAAUUCUCUUCUCUGCUACAGAAGAAAGAAACCCAAGAACACAUUCAACGUUUACAUCUUUCCCAAGAUGUUCAAAGCAGUCUCUCUCUUCGGUCGCAAGAAGACCACACGGCCAUUCAAGGACUACUACGUUGAAUGGAUCGAAACCCUAAAGAACACCCUCCUCCCCCUCCUCCGCCAAUCAAUGUCCUCGGUUUAUCUCUCCCGCCGUCUCCUCUCCGCCCAUGUCGAAAUGAUCCACCGCCACUUCCAAGCCUAUUUCGACGCCCUAGACCUCGCCGCCUCCCACGACGUCGCGCAACUUCUCUACCCCGAUUGGCGCAAUCCCAUCGAAAAACCCUUCCUCUGGCUCGGCGAUUUCCACCCCUACAUCUACAUCAACCUCCUCAGAUCAUUUCUCGACGGUGACGAUGACUCUGACGAUGGUGAUAGUGGUGGUGGUGGGAUUCAAAUUGGGGAAGGUUGUGAAUUGUUUGAUAGGCCCUGGAAUGUUGUGAUGGCGUGGAAGAGCCCUUCUAGGGUUUUGAUGGCCCGAAUUGACCAGAUUGAACGUGGGUUGAGGCUGCUGGUACCGGCAUUGGUGGUUCGGGUGAGGGAUGUGCAGGCAGGGUUUGUGGCCCGGGUGGCGGUUGAUUGGGGUGAAGGAGAGAAGGAGGGGGUGAAGGAGCGGCUCGGGGAGGCCAUGAGGGCUCAGAUGGAGGAGAUGAGGGGUGUUUUCGUGGAUGCCAAUAGGCUUCGGAGGAGUGUUCUUGCAGAGAUUAUGGCAGCCAUUAAUGUUCAUCAGGCGGCUGUGUUUCUUGAAGGACUUGCCCAAUUCCUUGUUGGGUUUUGGGAUCAUGAACUGCUCGGCGAAUUCAAACGCUGUAAGAUGCCUAUCAACUGAUGAUUUCAAUUGGGGUUUUGAUUUUCUUGCUCUGCAAUGAGUCCAUCCUCUGAUUUCCUUCAUACACUGGAGUAGAGGGGUUGAACUCAAUUUUCAAAUUGAUGUGAUCAAGGCUACACCCUUUCAUGGUAACUUUUAUGAUCUAUUAUCAUCACUAUGUUGAUUUCUCCAUGGCUUGAGCUUAUUAGCAGGGCAUUACCUUUUGUCUAUAAUUAUCUGAGAAGGUACUCUUUAACCAUGUUGUGAAUUCUCAUUGUAGUUUUUUUCAAGGACAGUGAAUAUAUUUGCCAACUGUUAUGUGUAAAAUGCAAUUUUGAAAUGCUCUUAAAAUGCUGUUUUUGAGUUGAUAUGGGUUGAUUGAUACUUCUGGA